UUGAAAUCAGAACUUCCGUUGUGAAUAGCUCCAAGAAAAUCAGAGUAUAUUUUUGCAUGGAGUUAUCAACAGUCAAGUGUAAUGUUUUCAAAAACAGAUAAAUUCGUCGCAGUUGCAUGUUGUUAAAGUAUGCAUCUAUCAAAAUACGCGCGUCAGAAGACAAGAAAACGCCUACGUCAGCGUUAGUUAAUAAUAAACGCCCAGUUAAUCGGAUAUUGCAAACUAAGAAAGUUAUAUCAUAGGCACGAUGGAUGGAACCACUGAUUUAUUUUGGCCGGCGAUGCUUUUUACGCUUCUUGCAAUUCUAGUAGCAGCUGUUUUCUUGGGAAGAAACAAAGCUCCUGCGCCUUCAAAGUGCUCCCAUCAAACUAGCGCUGUUGCGGAGGAGAGAGCUGGUCCAGAUCCUGGAGCUUCCUCACAGUAUCAUGAAAAACAUAGUAGUGAAACCAAACAGGACGUUCAGUCGCAAUCCAAUGCAAAGAGACUCAAAACCAAAGAUGAAACUGUAGAACAUGUAAAGGAUUCAAACUCAGAUCAUUUGGAAAAAGUUUGCGAGUCAGAUUCGACAGUUCACUCCUUCACUGGAUGGGGGGAGGAUUCCUUGGAAUCUGGGAUAAGGAAUGCCCUGAGGAAUUAUGCUCAAUCACCUGAUGCUGAGAAGAAACCCUUGAGGUACAUGGCUGGCAUGCUGAGGACCUGUCAGCUUGAAAAGAUGAUGACCAAAGAAGAACUGGAGGAAGAGCAGAGGGCUCAGCGAGAGCAGUUGGCUGCUAUCUUCCAGCUGCUCAAAGACAAACAAGACACGUUUGGUGAGGUGACAGAGAAUGAUUUACAAGAACAGUUUAAACUCUAUUCUGUUUAACAGAUCAGUAGAAUGUAUUGAAAAACACUAUCUGUAGUUAAUGUGGAACCGUUGAUUCAAAUACCAUUUUACAGGUGUGUACUCAAGUUGAAAUCAGUGACUUAAUUGAAGCUGUUAACUGAAAUAUUUGAUUGUGCAAAAGAGAUUGUAAUUUAUUAUGACUUACAUGUUUAUAUAUGUAUUUUUUAACCAAUUUUAUUAAUAAUGAGUAGCAAGGAAUUGAAAAAAAGUCUAGAAAGUUAAGUAGAAAAUUCAGUAGUAGUCAUUUUGUCUUCUUUUUAUUUGUGCUUUAGCUUUACCUAAUGGUUACGGUUCAUGUCAGUUCAAUCCGUAUACAUGUAUGAACUGAAUACAGUAUGAACUAAAAAAAAAAGAAAAAAAAAACUAAAAAAAAAAUUCAAACUCAGUAUUACUCACUCUAGCUAUCGUAGCUAUCUUACAGUGACGCUGUGCUUCUUUAAGUUACUAGUGUGAAAAUGGACAAAUGAUGCAUAUUAUUUUUAUUUUUAUAAAUAAAAAACACUCUUUGCUUUA